GCCUUAAGGGUAGUUUAGCAUGUGGGAAGAAUUCAAUUGAUCUGAUUUUUUUAAUUAGAGUUAGAUUGCUUUUACGAGGGAAUUAAAGCGAAUUUUUGUAACAAUCGGUGUUUUUACGAAUUUCAGGAAAUUCUGUGGUGCGUGUGGCGCGAUGCUGAGAGAUUAGGAUCGGAGACCAGCCGUGACAACCCUCAAUACACGGAAAAAAACAAAAUCCAAAGGGUUAUACCCUCUGCUCUAGUUUUCCGCGCUCUCCCCAAGCGAAAAGGUCAAGUGAUUCCCUCAGAAAAGCACUCGUUUCUGGAAAAUUCUUGUGUCUAAAAACAACAUCGGAAGCAAUUUAUCAGAGGAGAGAUUGGGAAAACCGAAUUGGUCUUGAUGAAUACUUAAUUAUCUCGGUGAUAAAUUGCUGUGAGAAUUUUUUAAAUUAAAAUCUCUUUUCUCAAACGAAUGCGUCGUUAACAAUAAUGCGGAGGGUGAAAACCUUCUGACCCGAGAAAAAUGGAUAAAAUAUGAAAUAUAAUGGAAUUUUUUAUUAAAAAAAAAUUAUUAGAAAUUCCUCUCGCUAUCUUCAGAAUAUCCUCAUUAUAAUCUAAUGUAUUUUUAUCUAAUAUUUAUUUAAAUCUAAAAAUAGUCGAAUUUAAACAAUAAUUUUAUCACAAUAUUAAUCACCUGAAGACUCGUCUAUUUGUUUCGUUAAAAAUUAAAUAAAUUCAACCGAAAAAAUGGUCCUAUCGCUCGACAAUUCAUCUCGCCAGAUCGUAAUAAUCAAUUACAUCCGUAACUACUCGACAAAGGUGCACGUAAAUGCGCUAGUAACUCCUGGAUAGGUCUAGUAACAUUUUAAGGGGAAUAGCCGAGAGGCCGCAUGCGUGGUAUUUGAAAUAUGUUUCCUGGGGGUGACGGGGAAGGGUAGUUACUCCCUCGGGAGUUGUGCUAGGCGCAUGUGUGGACCCGGGGGUGGGUGCGUAGGUGGUGGACAAGUGCUCUUCAUAUCGAGUGACGUCAUCUACAUAGGAGUGUUUGACGUGCCCUCUCCGUCUGUUCGAUGGUUGCCCGGAGGGGAAACUGGUCGGUUGGUUUGGUUGGGUCGUACGACUGGGCUUAUCAAUGAACGUACGUUCAGCUUCCGGCGGUCGGGUAUACGUACCUGUCCUAUGCAGAAUUGCCAGGAGUGACCGUUAACCGAGUCUCAUUGGAAUAUUUUCCAAUUGAAUUUUUUUAUUUCAUUUAUUUAUUUUUUUUCAUUCGUCGAAAAUGAUUUUCUCGAUUUCUUCGUAGGUUUUUUAUGUUGUUUUUUUUUAUUGAUUUGUGGUUUUGUGUCAAAAUGUAUUUUCUAUUUUUAACACAACAUUUUCUCUGAAUUGCGGAAAUUAAUUCAAAAAUAUUUUAUAUAUUAAGAAAUUAUCUUUUGUUAUUGAACUUUUUAUAUGAAAAUUUGUAGAAAAUCAGAGAAAAUGAGAGUAAAAUUAUUUAAAAAAUCUCUCUCUCUCUCUCUCUCUCUCACUUCUUGGGAAAGUGAAAAUUGUUUUCAAUGUUGAAAUGUCAAUUGUCAAGUGAUUUUUCCUCUGUAAUUUUCACCGUUGUGAAACCGGACAAAAUCUCAAAAUCUCAGCGCUGUGAUUGGACCGAGACGAUCACUUUCCCUUCCGCAAUUUUCUUUCAACCUCUCGAGAUCCACACUCAAGUCCCCCAAUGUUUUCCUUCACCUCAUAGUUGCGUAAAUCGCUGAUUACCGGUGCAAAUCGAAUACAACCGGUUUUCCGAGCCACUCAAUCCCUAUUUCUCGUUGACUGUUGUACUCUUUCUCGGAGGAUUGGCUCCACCAGUGGUUUGAAAAAAUCCCAAAUGUGCUCGGCGUGAUCCAACGAAAGUUGUCGACGAUUAGUUGACAAUUGUGAUGCACCGGGAGAACUCACAUCGAUCCAAUUAUCGGGUGAAGGCUCUUUUCAAUCGCAUCACGAUUAUCGACUGUCAAUCGACGUUAAAAGUUUAUGAAGAUUGAGAAUAGACUGGGGUAAGACGACCAGUCAGACAUUAUUCAGUGGAAGUUGUACAGCCGAAGCAGAAUAAAUCGAAUAUGGAACUGGGCCACACAAUAGAGGACUCGAAAAAAAAAUAUCCAGAAUUAACGAACGAACUGCUUCAAGAAUUACGAAUAUACUGCGAAGAAAGGGGCAUUGCACAAGUGCCAGAUGAGAAACUGGCAUUAUUUGCUCACAGCUGUUACUUCGAGCCCGAGGCAGCUAAACGAUGUAUGAAUGUCUACUACAAACUACGUUCAACAGUACCAGAAUUCUUCGCUAACCGUGAUCCUACCUCGGAUCACAUUCAGCAUUCUUUGAGGGCACUGCAAUUUGUGGCUCUCCCUAAACCAGAUAGAAAUGGCAAUCGAAUAAUCUUCCAUCGUUUGGCCGAUUAUCGACCGAACCAGUAUAUUUUCAAUGACGGAGUUAAAUUACUACAAAUGUCAGUGGAUGCGAGCUUGUACGAGGAGGGAUGCAGUCCUGGUUAUAUUUUUUUGUUCGACAUGCAGGGCGUUCGAUUGGGCCAUUUGACGAGACUAUCAAUUACUAGCAUUCGACGAUUCUUCGAGUAUCUCCAGGAGGGUCUGCCCGUUAGAUUGAAGGGUAUACAUGUGCUCAAUGCUGUUUGGUUCAUGGACAAAGUAUUGGGAUUGGUUCGGCCUUUCAUGAAGAGAGAGCUCUUUGAUAUGCUCCACCUCUACACCGGCGACGUGUCUGACAUAUACGAGCACAUAUCCCCUGAGUGCUUACCGAGUGAUUUCGGUGGGAAUUUGGAAUGUCUCGAGACAUUGCAUGAGAAACACAGCCGUAGAUUACACGACCUACGUGACUACUUCCUCGAGGAGGAGCGCCUGUUUCGCUCCUGGGGUUCACCUCAGGCCUCGCCUCCCACUCCGGAGGAGGAGAUCAAUGACACCGAGUCGUAACUCUUGGAGCACCGAAAAUUCCGUGAAAGAAGGAUGGAAUGAGCCCUGUGUUGCCAAUUAUUAGUAGUUCCCUUAUCGCUGACAUUCUUCACUGUUUUGAUAUUUUUCUAUCGAUAUGCUGAUUACUUUGAGCGUAGCGAGAGAUUCCCCCUGGAUUAAAUAGAGAAAUGAAUUUAGAAAUUCGAAUCGAAUGUUUGUUUUGACUGUCAUAUGGCAUA